GGCCGGUGGCUGCGGAGGGCCGGGGCCGGGCUGGGCGCUUUUGUUCGGGCGGCGGCGGCGGCGGCAGCGUCAUGUCGUACGUGCCGGGACAGCCCGUCACCGCCGUCGUGCAAAGGAUUGAAAUACAUAAACUCCGUCAAGGUGACAAUUUGAUCCUGGGAUUCAGCAUUGGAGGUGGCAUUGAUCAGGAUCCUACUCAGAAUCCUUUCUCUGAAGACAAGACUGACAAGGGUAUCUAUGUAACAAGGGUGACAGAAGGAGGCCCAGCAGAAGUUGCAGGACUUCAGAUUGGAGAUAAAAUCAUGCAGGUGAAUGGCUGGGACAUGACAAUGGUGACCCAUGACCAAGCUAGGAAGAGGCUGACAAAAAGGAAUGAAGAAGUGGUACGGCUGCUGGUGACCAGGCAAUCUCUGCAGAAGGCUGUGCAACAAUCCAUGCUGGCCCCCUAAUCCAUCACCCAGCUGGGGAGAAGGGUUGGGGAGGGAGAUCUGUUGAUGGGUAUCAAGCAAGGAAGCAAAUACUAGGCCUGAACAGGUUUGCUGGCAGGAGUGCAUGUUCCUAACUGUGGUAAACACACUUUUUUUCCUUUCCUUCCUCUGGUAUAACUGGCAGUAGUAAAACUUUAGUCCCCUCAGCAGAGGGCUGCUCUAAAGUCUUCCCUGCAGGUACAUGGUAAGACUUUACUGUAGUCAUGGCUUUCAGAAGGACAGGACAAACUCUCUUUUUCUAAGGAAACAACCACAGAAGCCUUAACUUGGACAAGAUACUUUUGUAGCACAAAAGCUUCCUAUUUUAAGAUGAAAUGUUUCUGCUACAGAAGCUGAGAAGGUUUGCUGUGCUUAAGCUUUCAGAAGCAAGUUGUCCUGUCCCUCUGUGCUGUCACAUUAAAGUGCCAGAAUGAAGAGUUGCCCACUGCUGUGGGGAGAAAUGCUGUACUAACCUUACACUGUGUGCUAGCUAGACAGAGAGUGCUGAAAGGUUUGGGGCAUUAUGCUUUACUGCACAAUUCCUGGCACAAAGCAGGCUCUUCAGAUAAAAUCCAAAUAACAGAGGUGCCUGUAAAUACACCAAAAGUUCCUGCACACUACAGUUCAGCUUCACCAUCAGAGUAAAACCUUAAUUCUCCUUGUUACCAAGGGAUUUGUAACAGCAAAUUAAUCAAGUUUCAAUGAAAGGAAUGGGGAGCAGGAAAGGAAAUGUGGCUGAACUUGCCAAAAGAGCUGCUCCCAGCCAUGGAGUCUUCAGUUAUUCAUUCUACUUCUAUCAGACUUGAACUGAGAGGAGGGGAUUUUGGUCUGCCUUCUACCAUUUGCCUAAAUCACUGAUGCAGUGGAUGGAAGAGAUGAAUAUGCCAGUAGCUGCCAAAGUGCCUCUUGACCAAAUUGAAACUUCUGAUAACGUCCAAAGUUGUUCAGACCAACAUGCCACAGGAUUUAAGAUUGUUGCUGCAACACUACAUUAGUUACCUAGCAUCCUAGUGGCUUGUUAACCAGACAGCUUUACAGCUAUCCAAAAACUGGAGUGCUCAAUCCCCUUCAGUUGGUUUAUACAUAUCUGUCCUUUCCUUAAGCAGUCUUCAGGUAAGAUGUUGUAAAUAGAACAUGAUGAGGUGGCAGACUAACUUAUUCAGUACCUUGCUGCUCUGCUGUGUACAGAAGCUGUAAUGAAUGCAUCUCAGCCUCCUCUGUACACUCCAGCAGAUGCCUAUUGACUGUUUUUAUAGCUAUGGAAUUACCACAAUACUGCUUUUGACUUUUGUAACUUAAGAAUUCAGUGGGAAAUUUUAAGGCUUUCAAGUUGAAGUUAUUUUUGUUACUAUAAAAGAUACACUGCUAUUUGUACUGCUCUUUCACUUGAUUUUACACACAAUAAACGUUUGAUUUCCUGA